AUGACAGAGGUUUUCAAUAGAGGAGCCAAAUUAUUUGACGAUAAUAAUCAACGUGAUUAUAAUCAUGCCACUGAUUCCGAGUAUAAACGGUUAAGAAGUGAGGCUGAUAGAUUAUUUCAAAAAAGACAACAAUUAAGUCAACAAUCACAAAAUGCCUAUAAACAAGGUGAUGGUCAAAAAGCCCAUGAAUUAAGUGAAGAACUGAAACGUGUUUUAGCUCAAGCUGAAGAAUGUAAUCGUAAAGCUGCCGAAUAUGUUUUCCGUGAAAAUAAUGAAGAUAGUGGACCCGAUGAAAUUGAUUUACAUGGAUUAUACGUCAAAGAAGCCGAAUGGAUUUUGGAAAGAAGAAUUUAUUAUGCCGUCAAGACAAAUCAAUUGCAUUUGAAUGUUAUUGUUGGUAAAGGAUUACAUUCAGCCAAUGGAGUUGCCAAAAUCAAACCGGCUGUUGAUGAAUUGUGUGAUCAAGUUGGGUUAAACCAUUACAUUGAUAAAAAGAAUAGUGGAGUGUUAGUUAUUGAUUUGAAAGGUGUUAAUCUUGAUAGACUUCCAAGUUCAUGGGCUCAAGGAACAAAUAAUGUGGCACCACCUCAACAAGCUUAUCACGGAACUGGCCAACCACAAUAUCAACAACAACAACAACAUCAAGGACAACAAUCACAUAACCAAUAUCAACAACAACAACAUCAAGGUGGCCAACAAGACAUUAAAACUGGUAAUGAUUUGGUUGAUAUGGUUCUUAAGAUUGUUUGUGGUUGUCUCAAGAGUAAGUGA